CAGCCCAUUUCUGUCUCUCCUCAGCAGAUGCACAACAUCAGGCAACAUCCAAGCACAGGCCCACCUCCGUUACUGCUAGCUCCUCGUGCUUCAGUUCCUAGUGUGCAGAUGCAAGGUCAAAGGAUCAUCCAGCAGGGUCUGAUACGGGUGGCCAAUGUGGCAAACACAAGCUUACUGGUCAACAUACCACAGGCAUCUCCAACUACAUUAAAAGGUUCAGCUGGAGCAGCAAGCGGCAUUACUAGCCUCUCAUCCUCCAAUGCAAAUGACUCUCCUGCUAGUCGACAAGCAGCUGCCAAGCUUGCCUUACGGAAGCAGUUGGAAAAGACAUUGCUGGAGAUUCCCCCACCCAAACCACCUACCCCAGAACUCAAUUUCCUACCAAGUGCAGCCAAUAAUGAGUUUAUAUAUCUGGUGGGACUUGAGGAAGUAGUGCAGAAUCUUUUGGAGUCGCAAGGUAAGACUGUUUCGCAGCCACCCUCUCAUGAGCCUUAUAGUUGUGCCCAAUGCAAGACUGACUUCACCAGCCGCUGGAGGCAGGAGAAGAAUGGGACCAUCAUGUGUGACGUGUGCAUGACCUCUAACCAAAAGAAGGCACUGAAAGCUGAGCAUACCAACCGACUGAAAGCUGCCUUUGUCAAAGCUCUGCAGCAGGAGCAAGAGAUUGAGCAAAGGAUACUACAGCAGAGCUCUUCCCCUGCACAGAUCAAAACAGAGCAUUCUGUACAGCAUCACACUCUGAAACAAAGCCCUACACCAAUAUCCCGUGGAUUGUCGGGGACCACACGAGGUGUCCUGCAUACGUUCCCAACUACGACCAAGCUGCCCAAUGCAGCCACUCUUGCCAACAGACCGGUUAAACCCGGAGAACGUUCUCUGAACAAAACCAAUCUGGCACCUGGAAACUGGAAAAAGACCCCGAUGAAUGCAGGGCAAACUACUAGUCAGAGAGUCAUAGCGACACAACAAUCAAAGAAACAAACAGUGGAGAUGCACAGGGGAGGAACGUUAGCCUUUGUUAACCCUGGCCUUGCUGUGCAUAAGUCUACAGCUGUGGAUCGCCAACGGGAAUACCUCCUAGAUAUGAUUCCUUCCCGUUCCAUCACCCAGUCCUCUACGUGGAAAUAA